CUGGAGGGUUUCUCUGCCUGGUGUGGCAUUCACAUCCUAACCCUCAUGUGGUAACAUCGCCUGCACACUGGACUGAUUCCAGGGAUUUGAAGUAGACAGGAUAGACAGACAGAGAGACAGAGUGCAUAUAUGCUGGAAAGAGAUAAGUUAGCUUCGAAGUAGGAGGGGAAAAGAACAGAGGUCCAGAGAAGAGAAGAAAGGGAGAAGCAGGUGAGAAAGUAAACGCUUGAAAACAGUAUCUAGAAGAACCAGUGGUGAAGAAAGGUUGAUUAGCAGACUGUAUACUACAAAUCCAUUUUCAUGGCGGCCAUGGAAGCACUGGAAUCCACAAGUGCCCUUCUGGAGUCUCAUACCCUAACUGAGAUCUCAGACGAUGAGGUCAACCUCCCACCCUCCGAUGACGAAGACGAUGCCCUUGCCGCAGCCAAGAAAGAGCUGUCCACCAUGGGUACGGAGGGGGACGCUGCCGAAGACAAAGAUGAGGCAGGGAAGCUGGACACCCAGGUCAACGGGGUCAUGGUGCUGACUUUGCUUGACAAGAUCAUCGGGGCGGUGGACCAGAUCCAGCAGACCCAGAGUGGGCUAGAGGCCAGGCAGCAGGAUAUGGAGCGUUCGGUGACCAGCAUUCAGGGCGAUCUGACCAAACUGACCAAGAGCCACAGCACCACGUCCAACAGCGUAAAUAAGAUGAUGGAGAAGGUGCGCAAGGUGAGCGUCAACGUCAAGACUGUGCGGGCCACUCUGGAGAAGCAAGGAGGUCAGAUCAAGAAGCUGGAGAGCAAUGAGGCUGAGCUGCUCAAGAGACGCAACUUUAAAGUCAUGAUUUACCAGGAUGAAGUGAAGGUUCCCUCAAAACUCAGCGUCUCUAAAUCCAUGAAGGUUUCUGAGUCUGUGUCAGGAAGUAGAGGAGGCAGCCUGCUCGAGCUCAAAGAAGGUGUGGAAGACGAGGAGGGAGGAGAGGGAGAGAAGGCGGAUAAACCCCAUAUAGAUCUCUCGUCAGAUGAGGAGGGGGUGGAGAUCGAGGAGACCAUUGAGGAGUCCCGUGCUGAGCGCAUCAAGCGAAGUAGCCUGCAGCGUGUACAGACCCUAAAGACUGUCUUCUCAAAGGAGAAGAUGGAUAAGAACAGAGCAAAGACCAAAGAGAACCUGGAGAAGACCAAACAAAAAACCAAGGACAACCUGGAGAAGACAAAGCAGAAGACAAGAGAUAACCUGGAGAGGACCAAGCAAAAAACCAAGGAUACUUUAGAGAAGACCAAGCAGAAGACCAAGGAUAACCUGGAGAAGACACGUCACAACAUUGAGAAGAAGAUGGGAAAGCUUGGAACACGGAUGAGUGUCAACCCUGACCGCAAGCAGAAGAUCCAGACAUCCCGUGAAAAGGUGAAGAAGGCCUUCACACCAGACCAUGUUGUUUACGCCCGGUCGAAGACUGCUGUGUACAAGGUGCCCCCCUUCACCUUCCAUGUCAAGAAAGUCCGCGAGGGCGCCGAAGAGGUGAUCCAAGGCACUGAGAUGGUGGAGGUGUCUCAGGAUGCUGAUCCCUUCAGUGAAGUGGAUGGGGAGGUUGAGGAGGGCGCAGUGGAGGUUGAGAUGGAGAUGAUGAAUGGAGGAGGGGAUGAGGAAGAAGCUGAGGAGGAGGAGGAAGAAGAAGAAGAGGACAGCCAAGAUGCUCUGCAGGAGAAUGAAGACAAAGAUAGAGACAGCGACUAGAUAAAGAACUAGGAAUUUGCCAAAUUCCUUAUAUCAUCCCUGAGAUUCUUUUGUAAAAUCUGAAUGAAUUGUGGGGAUUAAGAAGAAAGCUAAAUAAUAAUUAUGGUUGAUUACAAUUUAGGUCUUAAUUUUGUAUAAUUUUGUCCGUUAUUCAUAUCAGUUAUGAUCACUUUGUACUCACAAGUAUAUGCUGAGAUCCGGGGAACACGUUUGAUGGGUGAGUCAGAAGAUCAGACAGAUGGUUGCCAAGACAAUAAUAACAGUAAUAAUUGUUCACAAUACAGGACACCAGUUUACAAGCACUACGUUAAGUAAAUAAGAUCAAAGUUGAACCGGCUGGUUGGUAACGUUCACCUUUCUUUUCUCUGAGAAAUAGGUUUGGCAAGCCGAGAGGUUUGUUUCCAUCCUGUCUGAUAGUCUGACACAUUGUACACUACCUGCUCAGCAGCAAACACAGUAAGAGACCAGCUGGUAAACAAUUCAGGCAGCUAAAGAACAGAAACUGAAGUUAAUGUUGGACUUGCAUUUGCCAGGUGGACACAAAAACACUCCAAAUGAAUGCUAAUGUUGCUUCAUGUCUGCUAGAUGUGUAAAUGCGCAACUGAUUGCUAACAUGCUAAUAUGUCAGUGUUGUGUUUACAGCUUGUUGUGCUGCCCUUACAUGGCUAAACAUUACCAAAGACCAAAGCCAGGGCCAGGUGGUAUACCAGCGUAGAAUAACGGUAUACAUCGCACAGAGUGGGACCCAGCAGGUUCAUUCCCAGAUCUCAGCAGUUCAUUUAACCAAGACAAUGUUAUUAUUACCAUUAGGAAUAAUGACCAAAACUACAAAAAUAAGACCCAAGUUGUAAAAACAAAAAACUAAAUCAUCAUUUAACCACUUUAUUUGACUACAGGUUUUGUGUUAAAAAAAAAUCAAAAAGAGCUUCAUUUUAAGGGCUUAAUGAAAAUAUUUCCCUAUUUGCAAAAGCACUUCAAGGGUCAAGAGUCCAUUGGUGUUUGGAUUGUGUAGAUGAUCGUGAAAUUUGAAAUAAGAAGAAGAAAAUAACUUUGUUGUUAGCUAGGAGGUCGGGCAAUCGCAGAACUGGCAUGAUCAAGAAAGGGGGACAGCGUCAUUCCCUUUGAAAGAAAGUGUCAUUUGUCAGAAGAUUUCUUUCCAGUUUCAUUUUUUCAAAUCAAAACCCCAACCACUCACAACUAGUGGGAUGAGCAUAUGGAAGGAAUAAUCUCCUGUCCACUGAAUUUCAGUAGUAUUAAGGAAAUGAUCUCAUGGACUGUUGAGUAGUAAAUGCCCAAUGUCCAAAUUAUUCAAAAACACGCUUUACAUAGUACAUAUUUCUGCUUUACAUCCUUAAAUGCCUUGUAUAUUACAUACCACACACACAUGAGUAUUCCUUCCACCCCUUUUGUUAUUCAGCUGUUUAAAUACUGACGUGUUAUCUUACUCUGCUUAAUUUACUCAUUAUUUAAUCAUUCUGUUGUUAUUUCUAGGUUUUGAUGAGUUCACAGUAAAAUAUUUGUAGAUGAUUUUUUAUGUGAUCACACUUUACACUUGGCUGAUGUCAACUCCUUAUCAUUACUGACAUAUGUACACAAUGUAGCCUAAUAGUUUUAUCACACCUUGUUGCAUGCAGUAUACUUAUGCAACAUUUUACUGCCAAAGAAUAACUAGCACAUACGAACACGAAGAUCUGCAAAACACAAGGCAGAGACAUCCAUAGGUCCUUUACAUUUCAUUCGCAGAUCGUAUUCACUUUAAAUAUUUUCUCAUGAGAAUGUUCUAAUAAAAAACGUGUUAUGCGCUAUUCUAAGAUGUGUUUCAUUAGGAUGAGGACCAAUACUCUCAGUAAGUCUCACAAGCCUUCGGUAGAACCAGCUUAGACUCUUAGUAACUCUGUGUACUCUUGGGACCUAUCCAUUCACAGGACUAAGUUUCAAAACAAGACUCUGCGGUCUGACACUGACCCCUAGUGUCCAAUCAUCUCACUAUAAUUUCCUCUGCUCUAUAUUAAAGGUGCAUUUCACCACAUCUCCAAGUAUUCUCUUGACAAAUGAUCAUUUCAUUCAGAUAUUUCCACACGUUUCCUCUAUUGUCCACAUCUACUUAUUUGCUAUUAGGUUUAUAAAUAUGUUUUAUAUCUUCACCACUACUGGUGUUAUUUUAUGAGUACCUUGCAAUCAUUAAUUAAUACAUUUUUUGGCAUAUUCAUGAUACAUUUCCAUCCACCUAUACACUAAUCCUGGUUAGGUUAGCGGGGGCUAAGUAUGCCCGAAUAGAACUUUUUUUUGUCCGAAGGGGUUUACGCCCUGGACAGGUCAGCAGUCUAUCAAAGGGCUAACGCAGAGUCAGACACCAGAUGAAUUUGUGAAUCCAAAGUAAGAGAAAAAUAGUUGUAUAUAACUGUUGCCAAAGUUUAACACAUUUCCACAGUAUUUGUACUGUCAACGUUUAGUUUCUAGCUCAGACACAUCACAGCUUUAUUAGUGUUUUCCUUUUUUGUAUAUAAUGUGAAUCACUGCCAAUGCAGAUUCUAAUGCAUUUUGAUUUUAUUUACAAGAGAGCUUCUUUCCUUCUGCUGCCUGCACUUCUUCUACAUUUAGUACAGCUUCUUGGGCCAAAUCAUGUUGAUGGUUGCACAGGUUUCACAGUGCAACAAAUGACAUUGACACUCUUACAUGUAGGCAAAGAUAAACAUCUCAGUUUUUUGAUACAACUGUGGUAGAGAAUUCUUUCAGUGGUUGCCCUUCAAAGUGAAUUAACACUGCCAGAGCAGUAACACCAAGCAGUUGUGCUGAGGCGUGUCAAUGGAACAUCAAAUGUAGUUCACACUUAACUCCUUGCUUUUGUUUUGUUGGUAACUGAUUCCUGUAUAAUGUUGCAUUGCUUAACCACUAAUGAUUUCAUUAAUAAAAGCUGUUUGGUUCACA